AGUUUGUGAAGAACUACCGAGACGCACAUUUACACAAUAAUGAAGCAGCUGAGCAUAUUGUUCCUGGCUUUCGCGAUUGCGCGAGCGCAGUUCCCCAACGGACGGAUUUUGGAGCCACCAGUACCCUCACAAUGCGUACAGAGGGUCAUACACGAAAGAUUUGCUGACAACAAGGGAUACUUUUUCUCCUGGAGAGACCCCGCACUACGGGGAGUAGAAGAGGACUGGCUUAGUGCAAGAAACUACUGUCGUCAGCGUUGCAUGGACUUAGUGUCUCUGGAGACCAGUGAUGAGAACGAAUGGGUCAAAGCGCGAAUCGUUCAAGACAAGGUGAAAUAUAUUUGGACAUCGGGACGUCUUUGCGACUUCAAAGGCUGUAAUCGUCCAGACUUGCUGCCCAAUGAGAUCAACGGCUGGUUCUGGACUGCGGAGUUGCAGAAACUCGCGCCUACUACCAACAGACAACAAAACGACUGGUCCGAGGGUGGCGGCAUUGGGAAACCCCAACCUGACAAUAGAGAAUUGAUACAAGGUGGCGCAUCAGAACAUUGCCUGGCCAUACUCAACAACUUCUACAACGACGGUGUCCACUGGCACGAUGUAGCUUGCCACCACAGGAAACCGUUCGUCUGCGAAGAAAACGACGCUCUUCUAAAAUACGUCCGCUAUACCAACCCAAACCUUAGGGUCUAAAAUAACAAAACCUCUCCCAAAGUCUAUAAGAUUAAGAUAUUGUAUUAACGAACAGACACUGCCCAAACAGUCAUUUUUUAUUUAAUAAUGCUUUUCGAAAUUAACAAACGGUGCUAGCUUUAAGUUUACCUCAAUAUAACAUAUUUAUUACAGUAUUUACUUAGCUCUAUUCCAGUAAGCAAUCGGACAAAUUAUUGUAGUCAUAAUUGUAACCGUUACAGUGUGUUUCUUUUUUAAGUUUAUAAGAUCUGUCAUUAAAGACUGGUU